ACCCGCCCCUAGCCAGUACUCCUAUACACCUGGAUGAGGGUCACCUAUGGAACAGCCAAGGGUAGCAGCAGCAACUGCUGGCUAUCAGCCAGCUGCCCCUGCUCGUCACUCCUGUGUGUACACCAGCUGCUAUUGUGAGGAAAAUGUUUGGAAACUUUGUGAAUACAUCAGAAGUUAUGAUCAAUACCCUUUAGAAGAAUUUUAUGCUGUUUUCAUAUCCAAUGAGAGAAGGAUGAUACCGCUCUGGAAGCAGCAGUCAGGAUGUGGAGAUGAACCUGUGGUUUGGGGAGAAUACCAAGGGACCUUAACAGAAGGAAUGGGCGAGCUAUUCAUUGAAAAUUGCUUACCUGCCUGUGACCAGAAAGGUGACAGGCAUGCUUUUUCAAGGCCAGAGACCAAGACCAAAAGAACACUAAGGUCCAGAUCCUCAAAGGAUUACCAUGUUAUUUUACUUCAUGUUUCAAGUGGAGACCAGAACUUCAUUUAUGAUCUCGACACAGUGUUGCCAUUUCCAUGUCCAUUUGACACGUACAUUGAGGAGGCCUUUAAAUCAGAUGAUAUUCUUCUUCCAGGAUUCAGAAGAAAAAUCAGACUGAUUCGAGCAGAUUUGUAUCUGAAGACAUUUGCUUCUGACCGAUCCCACAUGAAAGAUGCCAAUGGACACUGGCAGAAACCUCCUCCUUCCUACCCUUGCAUUGAAACUGCAGACUCCAAGAUGAACCUGGAUGAUUUUAUCAAUAUGAAUCCCAAGACGGGAUGGGGCUCAGUAUUUCUGCUACCUGACUUUGUGGAUCGGUAUGGCAGACAGAGCUGAUUUCAGGUUCACCUUGAAAGGACAGUGAUGUAAACAAAGGACACAUCAGCUUCCCGUUUUUGUUUUGUUGCAGUUGCUCUUGUCAUUCUAUUUAUAAAUUGGUUUAUUUCGAUGACAUUUAUUGUUUUGUCAAAUACAAGAAUUGAACAAAAACGCAAUGAACUGAAUAAAAUAUUUUGACUAUA